CAUCAGACGGUAACAAGCAACGGUCUCAGCGAGAACGGGUCGCCCUACUGCAAGUGUUAGAAAUCCUUCCGUUGUACACCAGUAAGGGGGUGUACUUCCGGCAGGUGAAUCGCGAGCGUGGUGUGGUGUUUUCCUUCGGAUCUUUGAAUAUGUGAACACCCGCGGGAAAGUAAAAGUGAAAUUUCAUCCACACGUGAAACGUCAGAACCGGUUGCUCGAAUAGUGCGAAAUUAUCCACAGAUAUUUAGAAAGAUAAUUCCACAGCAUAUGUGUUCGAAGUAAAUAAAGGAACGAAGAUUUAUGUGAGUGGUUUUAGCGUAAAUGAAGUGAAAAAGUAACAAAGUCGCACUUCUUGGAUGACUUACAGGUUCUGCCAACUGCCAACAAAUUCCGCAUCGUUUCCGUGUGAAUACCACUAGAAAUAAUCAUGAUGGACGGUAGUGAGGAAUGUAAUCAAGAAAUAUCCGAAUGCUUUCGAUAUUUCGAAUAGUUAGAAAUAAACGAACAUUCAAACACUCAAGCCAAAAAAAAACCUUCCGAGAGCUCCGCCCGACAGCAGUGUUUCAAAAUAUGUUGAGUGCGAUUAUGCUUAUGCUACACACGGGCAUCGGAUAUGAAUUCAACGGCAAUAAUCAUGCUAUUACGCGAUCAUUGGCGGCAUGACAAUCUCGCCCAGAGAAUUUUAUUCACUGCUGGCGAACGGUCGCGAAUAGUCAGAUUUUCGGAGCGACGGUUCAGUAAAAGUUGUUUCUGCUAAUUGUACCGAUUUGUGGGGUCGACGAAGAAAAAAAAAUUACGUGGAAGGUUACACCACUCAAUUGUCAACGUGUGUGCAUUGGAGGUGAAUUUUGGCGAAAAUCUAAUCGAAGCUUAUGGAAGGAUCCGAGAGGAAGAUGCUCGCAUACAGUGUGCUGUUGUUCAGUGUUAUUUGGUGCAUUAGUGAGUGCAAUGACGUGGUUAGCUCUAAUAGCAAGGAAAGCACAUUGCCGGCGAAAAAUACCGUCAUGGCAGUGUUCAGCCCAAUGACCAAGUCUCCAGGGCCGUGUCGCUACCUGACCGGAACUCGCAAACAAAACCACCAGUGUCGCAGGGAAGUUGGUCUACCCGAGGCUAUCAAGGAAGCCCGCCGCCUGGCCGUUACUCAUUGCGAGGAACAAUUUCGAUACGACCGUUGGAAUUGUUCGAUCGAAACGCGAGGAAAGCGGAACAUAUUCAAAAAGGUUUACCGCGAAACGGCAUUUGUACACGCACUCACAGCCGCUGCCAUUACUCACUCGGUGGCACGCGCCUGCGCCGAAGGAAAGAUGUCCAAAUGCCAGUGUGCUUCCGAGAGACGCCCAGAAGCGACAAGGCUGGCUUGGAAGUGGGGAGGCUGCAGCGACAACGUGAAACACGGCAAGCGGGUGACGAGAAACUUUUUGGAACUGCAGCCCACUGAUAGUGACCCGGUGACUGAAAUGUUGAGCCACGACAGCGAGGUUGGAAUUCAAGCUGUCAUGUCCACCAUGAAUGAUCGGUGCAAGUGCCACGGGGUUUCGGGGUCAUGCUCGUUGAAAACAUGCUGGAGAAAGUUGGGCGAUUUCAACGCCACCGCCGCCAUGCUGAGAACCAAAUAUCAUCACGCCAUCAGAAAAAUUCCAAUCAACAACAAAACCUCGAGGAGAGCAGCCCCCAAAGAACUGGAAAGGGAUGUAUCAUACGAACAGUUGUACUACUUCGAGACAUCGCCAACAUUCUGUUCGGUUACCAGAGGUCGACGUUGUCUGCAUCCAGAUAAUUGUGCCACUUUGUGCUGUGGUCGGGGCUACACCACAAAGAUCGUCAAAACGAUCGAGAAAUGUCGCUGUCGUUUCACCAACGGUCGCUGUUGCCAAAUAGUAUGCGAUUACUGCGAAAAAUACGACGAUCGAUAUUACUGUAAAUAGAAUGUCCCAUCGAUAUUGAAUGGGACAAAAAUAACCAUUUUAAACCUUGAACUAUUGAACUACUAUUUAUUACACAAACACGAGCAAUACUUAACGAAACCCGAACAAGUAUACAUUUUGUGCAUUUACCCCAUGAAACUGUUUGCCUAAAACUACAACGACAAUUUUGAAAGUGUUAAUCGACAACGAAAAACUCAAAUGCGUGUCCUGCAAAUGACAGAGAAGACUUAUUAAGCAUACGACAUCGACGAAUACUACAAUCGAUUUGUGAAUUUUACUACUUGUGUGUAUUGUAAACUAUUUAAGCCUAUCUAUAAUUAGUGAGUAAAAAUGAUGUAUUUGAGCUAAUACCUUCCAUAGAUUAGCGUGUUGACCAUAUCUGUAAUACGCAACCAAUUUGUAAU